UGGCGUACGUGCAGCGCAGCAACCGGCUGUUCCGCUAUUGGGACCUCGUCGGCAAUAUACCUACCUACCUACCUACCUCCCAACUGCACAGAAAAAAGCUCAUUAGCUAUCGGGAGGCUCAAGAAACAUGGUCGUGCUAGCCGACGUCCUCCGCGAAUUGAGCUGGACGGAUCGUCUCCUUACCCCGGCGAUCCUCCUCAGCAUGAUCGUGGGCGUGAUCAUUGGGGAGCUUGCCGGAAACGACGUCCGCGACGCUUUUGACACCACCACGUUCCGAGGGGUGUCACUGCCCAUCGCCAUCGGUCUCAUCGUCAUGAUGUGGCCAGUGUUGACGAAAGUGCAGUAUGAAGCACUGCCGGCGCUGUUUUCGACGUGGCAUCUAUGGACGCAGACCUUUAUCUCUCUCUUCUUGAACUGGAUCAUCGGCCCGUUCGUCAUGCUGGGCCUGGCGUGGGCUACCCUGCCCGACCUUCCCCUGUAUCGCACGGGGGUCAUCAUGGUCGGUCUGGCAAGAUGUAUCGCCAUGGUCAUGAUAUGGAACCAGCUCGCUCGCGGAGACGCCAAUUACUGCGCGGUGCUGGUCAUCAUCAACUCGGUGCUGCAGAUAAUUCUUUAUUCUCCUCUCGCGGUUCUGUUCAUCAAUAUAAUCGGUCACGCCGACAAGCACGCCGCAAUACGUAUCUCAUACGGGGAAGUUGCGAUCGCCGUCCUGAUCUAUCUAGGGAUACCCCUUGCCGCAGGAUGCGUUACUCGCUACAGCGUUUGGCUUAUGACGAGCAAGCACUUCCUGGAGAAGAAGUUCUUGCCAUAUUUUGGCCAUCUCUCGCUCAUCGGUCUCCUCUACACGAUCAUCGUCAUGUUUGCGUAUCAGGGACAUCAGAUCCUGCAUCACCUUGGUCCCGUAUUCCGGACCAUGGUUCCGCUCGUGCUCUAUUUCGUCAUCAUGUGGAACAUAGCGUUCUGGUGGCUUUACCGUCUCAACGGUCGAUACGGUUCCAACGGCAGCUUCAGCUACGAGAUGGCCGUGGUGCAGGCGUUUACUAGCGGUUCCAACAACUUCGAACUUGCGAUCGCCGUCGCGAUAGCUGUCUACGGCGUAGACUCGCAGCAGGCGUUGGCGGCGACGAUCGGUCCGCUCGUGGAAGUCCCGGUGCUCCUCGCGCUCACUUGGGUUGCGCUCUACCUUCGGGCGAAGCUAUCGUGGACGGUUGUUGAGAAUGCAAGCUCGGUGGAGGAUGUAAAAGUGGAGCACGAGGGGAGUGGAGCCUCCCCAAGUUUGCAUUCCGCUCGCCAGAGAGAGGAACACGGCGUUGUGCGCCCGCUGCAUCCAUGAAUUAUGGCGGCGCUGGUGGAAGAAGCACGGUGACUAUCGGACGGGGUUGGUGCGUGCAGUUCCUGCACUGAUACGUCACGCGGGAAGGUCUGUAUGGGAAUAGCAGGUCAGAUGGUUACGGAUAUUUGGUCUUCAAUUCGG